AUGGCUGCCGCUUACGAAGUCUUGGUUGACGAAGAAAAACGUUCAAUAUAUGAUAUGCAUGGAAAGGAUGGUCUCUCAAGAGGUGGUCGCGGAGGACCUGACAUGGAUGCUGCCGACAUUUUUGCCCAAUUUUUUGGUGGUCACCCAUCUUUUGGAUUCGACUUCGGACCGGAUGCUCCAGGAAAUCGAAGGGGCACGGGCCAAGAUUCCAUAAUACCACAUGAAGUGACGUUGGAAGACCUGUAUAAUGGAAAGUCAGUGAAGAUGAACAUGGAAAAAGAGGUUGUGUGUACGGUAUGUAAAGGCUCUGGGGCACGGGGAAAUGCGAAACCCAAGCCAUGUUCUACUUGUGAUGGUGCAGGUAGCACACACGUCAAAACAAGGGUGUGUAGUGAUAGUGCCUAUGGGCUCUCGCGCGCUCGCUGCACGGAUUGCGGAGGUUCUGGUCAAAGGUUAAAAGAAAAAGAAAGGUGCAAAAAAUGCAAGGGUGAAAAAACGAUUCAUGAAAAAACUCGCCAAGAAAUCUUUAUAGAAAAGGGAAUGACAGAUCGUCAGCGAAUUGUGCUAGCUGGUGCUGGAGAUCAAGAGCCUGGACUCCCUGCUGGAGAUGUCAUAUUCAUUCUGAAGACCAACCCUCACGAAUCCUUUGAAAGAUCAGGAAACGAUCUCCUUACCCAUGUUACGAUUACCCUAUCAGAAGCUCUGCUCGGUUUUUCACGCAUCAUACUCACUCAUUUAGAUGGCCGAGGUAUCAGCCUGACCUCGCCGCGUGGAAAAAUUAUCAAACCUCAAGAUUCUAUUGUGAUUCGAGGAGAAGGAAUGCCUGUCUAUAAACACCCUCAAGAAAAAGGAGACCUUUAUGUCAUUUUCGACAUUGAAAUGCCUGAUCAAGAAUGGUUACGAACCGUCGAUGUCAAGUCUGUUGAAGCCAUCCUCCCACCAAAACGACAGAAUGUGGACCCACUUCCUGAGAUUGUCGAUGAGGCCGACUUUGAGGAGAGCGACAUUGUCGAUGUGCGUGCUCGGUCUGUCCCGCACAGUCAUAAUUUCUUUGACCAUGGCUUUUCAUCGCAGUUUGGCGACGACGAGGACGACUGGGAAGACGAUGAUGAUGACGAUGAUGACGAUCAUUACGGACAUGGCCCCGACUGUCCCACCCAGUAG